AUGGAAACCCAAGACCGCCAGAACGUUGUUCUUCAACAGAUGAUUCAGCAACAGAUGCAAGGUGUAACAGCGCUAACAUUACCACAACCUACCAUGAAGAUCUUUAACGGAGAUCCUAUCGAAUAUUGUGACUUCAUCCGAAGUUUCGAACAUCUUGUCGAAACGAAAACGCCAAGUUCCAGCUCCCGCCUCUAUUACCUAGUACAGUACACGUCUGGGCCGGCCCAGGAACUCAUGAAGAGUUGUUUGUCCAUGGAACCAGAGAAGGGUUACAACGAAGCAAGACGUUUACUCAAGGAAAGGUACGGACAGAGUUUUCGAAUAGCUGCAGCGCAUAUAGGAAAACUGACAGAAGGACCACCAAUCAAGGCUGAAGAUGGAAAUGGGCUUCUCCAGUUUUCAAUCCAACUGACAAGUUGCACCAACACCUUGAAAGAAAUCGGCUCUGACGAAACUGGACCAUCCCGAGAACCUACGAAAGAUUAUUAA